AUGUAUCGACCGUCUAUUAUAAUGGCUCUUUUAGUAUUUUCUACGGAGUUUGAUCUUUUGCUAUGCCAUCUAAAAGAUUUAGGAGAGAAAAAUGACACUAUGUCGGUGUUGUUUCAGGAGUUCGAAGAUAGAGUCUUAGGUGGGGAAAGCACAACUUUACACGAAUAUCCUUUUAACGUGCAGUUCUUUAACUACGGGGGAAUGUGCGGGGGAUCCAUUUUGACCAGGAAAACUGUUUUGACUGCAGCGCAUUGUUUUGACCAUAACAAAAAUGUAGCUGAGAUGACCGUGAUUUCAAACUCGCUCUACAUCCGCCAUGCUCGCACAUCGAGACGCCACCCAGUAUGGGACUUUGUGAUCCACGAAAAAUACGACGACCCCAUCAAGUACGCCAACGAUAUGGCAAUGAUUAUCAUCCAUGACGUCUUCAACCUCACUGAAACCGUGCAGAUGGCGGUACUCACGAAUAGCAUAGCGUGGAUGAACGAAACCAAGGCCAAGUUUAUUGCUACUGGGUGGGGAAUCGUUGAGAUGAGGCGGCGUGCUCUCCAGAAAACUACCCUGCGCUAUGUACCAAAUAAGGAGUGCUCAGAUAUGAAUGCACUUCAAUUAACGGAGGGGAUGUUCUGCCUGUACGGAGACCAGCAGCGAGACACUUGUCGGGGAGACUCAGGAGGAGGGAUCGUGUGGAAUAAGUAA